AUGGAAUACUGUGUCCUGAUGUACUUGGGAGUCCUCAUCUACCAAGAACACGAUCUGAUCUCUGUGCCUCACCAAAAGAAACUCACCUAUCAUUGGGUCAUUCAGUCUCUCAGUGCCACCUCCAUCCUUCUGGCAUAUGCAGCUAUCUACUUCAACAAAGAGCGCAAUGAUGCUGCCCACCUGGUUACGUGGCACGGGACAAUGGGGUUCGUUGCUGUUCUGGCCCUCUGCGUCCAAGUAACUGGAGGAGCAUGCAUUAAGUAUGGUCUAGUUCCCAGUCCCCAGCUGUGGAAAAAAUUCCAUGCAGUUGCAUCAGAAGCAACAACUCAGAAUCAAGUCUCAGUGACGGCCCCUGUUGGCUAA